CGCCUGUAACAAAAGACGCCUCAUUUGUGCUGCUUCUCUCCAUCGCCUCUCUCCUGUGAAGCCACCGGCCGGAGCGCCGCACCCCACAGCUGCCGGAGACCUUCGACCUUCAACCCCACAGCUACAGUUUUCCCAACACUCAAUGGGGAGAGGAAAACCUCUUCUUGUAAGCUCUGUAACAGAGCUGAAGAAAAAAGAAAAGAAAGAGAAGAAGGCAAAAUCAGGUGGAUUCGAAUCCUUAAACCUAAGCUCCAAUGUCUUCAGAGGCGUUAAACGCAAGGGAUACCGAAUUCCCACACCAAUACAACGCAAAACAAUGCCUCUAAUUCUCUCUGGAGCCGAUGUUGUUGCCAUGGCAAGAACAGGGUCCGGUAAAACAGCAGCUUUUUUAGUCCCCAUGCUUGAGAGACUGCAGCAACAUGUCUCUCAGUCUGGUAUCAGAGCCCUAAUCUUAUCACCAACACGCGAUCUUGCUCUUCAAACACUUAAGUUCACUCAAGAACUUGGCAAAUUCACAGACCUUCGUGUUAGUUUACUAGUUGGUGGUGAUAGUAUGGAAAGUCAAUUUGAAGAAUUGGCACAAAGCCCUGAUAUCAUAAUAGCAACUCCUGGAAGACUCAUGCAUCAUUUAGAAGAAGUGGAUGACAUGUCAUUAAGGUCAGUUGAAUAUGUAGUGUUUGAUGAAGCCGAUAGUCUUUUCAGCAUGGGGUUUGCUGAACAGUUGCACAGAAUCCUUCAACAGCUAGGUGACAAUAGACAGACUUUACUCUUCAGUGCAACUUUACCAAGUGCUCUAGCCGAGUUUGCAAAAGCAGGGCUGAGGGACCCGCAACUUGUUAGGCUCGAUUUGGAGACUAAAAUAAGUCCUGAUUUGAAACUUACUUUCUUUUCAUUAAGACAAGAAGAAAAGCUAGCUGCUUUGUUGUAUUUGAUUAGAGAACAUGUAAGAUCAGAUGAACAAUCUUUAAUAUUUGUGUCUACAAAGCAUCAUGUCCAGUUUCUUGAUCAUUUGUUAAGAGAAGAAGGUAUAGAACCUUCUGUUUGUUAUGGUGACAUGGAUCAAGAUGAUAGAAAGAUUAACGUGGCAAGAUUUCGAUCAAGAAAAACCAUGUUUCUUAUAGUGACAGAUGUUGCUGCUAGAGGGAUUGAUAUCCCACUUCUUGACAAUGUUAUAAACUGGGAUUUCCCUCCAAAACCGAAGCUUUUCGUGCACCGGGUGGGCCGAGCUGCACGGGCGGGUCGAACGGGUACUGCUUUUUCCUUUGUGACAUCUGAAGACAUGGCUUAUCUUCUUGAUUUGCAUCUUUUUCUUUCAAAACCAAUCAAACCUGCACCUACUGAAGAAGAGGUUUUGAGAGACAUGAAAGGGGUUAUGGAGAGAAUUGAGGAGGCGAUGUUGAAUGGUGAAACGGUUUUUGGGAGGUUUCCACAAACAGCUAUUGAUCUUGUUGCAGAUAGGGUUCGUGAGAUUCUUGAUUCAUCUACUGAAUUGGAUUGUUUGUUGAGGCCUUGUCAAAGGGCUUUUAGGUUGUAUAUGAAAACUAAAGAGAAGCCUUCUAGAGAGAGUAUUAAAAGAGCUAAGAAUAUGCCACGUGAAGGCUUGCAUCCCAUGUUUAUUAAACAAUUGGGUGGCAAUGAGUUAUCUGCAUUAGCAUUUUCUGAGAGCCUAAAAGCGUACAGAGCAAAGCAAACUGUCUUGGAAUCUGAAGGUCAUGCUGCCAAAGCAAAGCAUCUGCAGGGACCUUCUAGCCAGUGGGUAGAUGUAAUGAAGAUGAAAAGAGCUAUUCAUGAGAAGAUCAUUAAUAAAGUAAAUCAGCAGCACUCUAACACUCAAGCAGCAAAGGAAGUUGAAGAUAUAGAUAAUGCAUCACUAAAGAAGGGAAAGAAAGUUUCUGGUAGUAAAAGGAAGGCACAAAGCUUCAGGGAUGAGGAGUUUUUUAUAAGUUCAGUGCCAACAAAUCAACAUUUUGAGGCAGGUCUCUCAGUCAGAAAUAACGGAGGCUUUGUUUCCAACAGGUUGGAGUCUGCUGUUCUUGACUUAGCUGCAGAUGAUAGCAGCGGAUUACAAAAACAGAAAUCCUCCUUCCAUUGGGAUAAGAGGAGUAAAAAGUAUGUCAAGUUGAACAAUGGUGACCGUGUGUCAGCUAGUGGGAAGAUAAUAACAGAGAGUGGUAAAAAAGGGAAGGCGAAUAAAACAGGAAUAUAUAAAAGAUGGAAAGAAAAGUCACACAGUAAGAUAUCUUUUCAAGGAUCAAACAAUGAAGGUAGUAGUAGUACUAGUGCUAUGGAAUCUACAAGUCUCAAAGGAGGUGGAAUGCAAAGGGGACGUAAUAACAGAGGAUUUAAAGGUCGUAUGGUUCCUAAUGCUCAUGUGAGGUCAGAAGUUAAAAAUCUUGAACAGGUUAGGAAAGAUAGGCAAACAAAAGCAACUAAAGCUGCUUUUAUGAAGAGUAAUCCCAAAAAAGGGAAGAAAACGGGGAAAUUUGGUAAUAAAAGGGGAAAGGGAAGGAAGUGAUUUGAAAAUUUUCAUGUGGUUGAGGUUUAGGAGUUUGAUGUUUUGUUUGUUUGUUUGUGUCAGUUGAAUGUUAAUCGGGAAUAUUUUUUGAAAUUUUUUAUAUAGGUAAAGUAUAAGUAUAUUUUGCGAUCACAUGAAGAAAACAUGUAGACUGUGAAUGUUUUUGUGAUGCAUGCUUUACACAAUUUUGUGAUAUUUAUUUGUUAGGUGAUGUUUGGUUACAAUU